UUUUGUUGUUUUAUGCAUGAUUGCUGUGUGCACAUUCGACAAUCAAAAAUUUACAGCUGAUAAAGAGCGAUCUUCUUAAUAUACUUUCAUCAACCUUCCCCAUGCCCAUGGCAAAGGUUCGUUGCACAAUGCGAGUUUUUGAUUGGGAAAGCUUCAAGUAUCAAAAGUACAGUUAAUAUUGUUCUCCACAACAUAAAUUCCACCAUCGAUCGAGUAGUCACACGCCAGUAAACGCCAGUUGGAAAGCGUUCCUUUUCCCGUCAUCAUGCGGCGCCCCCGAGUGCUAGUGACGCAUCAUCAGGUGCAGCCGGUUGCAUUGGAGCGUUUGCGCAAGGAAUGUGAUGUGAUCGUUCCAGCAGUAGAUUUCCCAUCCCGUGCUCAAAUACUCGAUCUCUGCCCGGGCGUUGAUGGGCUGCUGUGGACGAGCUACAAGAUGAAGCUGGACCGAGAGGUCCUGGAUGCAUGCGGAGCACAGCUGAAAGCAGUUUCCCUCACGAUGAACGGUGUCGAUUGUGUCGAUGUGAAGGAGCUGGCUAGCAGAAACAUCCCCCUCGGACAUACACCCUACAUCCCGAACCGUGCGGUGGCAGAUAUAGCCGUAGGUCUGAUGCUUUCCGUCAACGAGCGACUGUUAUCUACCGCAGGCGAAGUAUGUUAUCAGCGCCAGUCCAUCCAAGGAUCCACGAUCGGUAUCGUAGGGUUCGGUGGUAUUGGCCAGUUGAUUGCCAGCAGACUGCAAGCGUUCGAUGUCGGCUGCAUCCUCUACUGUGGCCCGAGUUCCAAAGCGAGUGCAGACGCCUUCCAUGCCCAGUUCGUAGCGUUCGAGCAGCUGCUUGUACGGUCGGAUUUUGUAUUCAUCAGCUGUCCCCUAACCGACGCUACCGUUCGGAUGUUUGGCCGGGAAGCGUUCGCAGCGAUGAAGCCAACUGCCGUACUGAUCAACGUUGCACGUGGCGCGAUUGUCGAUGAAGCUGCCCUGCUGGAUGCGUUGAAAGGUGGACAAAUAAGAGCGGCUGGAUUGGAUACUGUGACGGAUGAACCAUUACCGCCGUAUAGUGAACUGUUUAACCUGCCAAACUGUGUGAUUCUACCACACCUGGGAACGGCAACGAAACGGACGCGCGACGAGAUGGCUGUCCGAGCGGUGGAGAAUUUAAUGCACGGUUUGCGGAAUGCAACGAUGCCCGCACAAUUUCAGACGCAAUAAAGUCCAUUCACUUCAU